AUGGGAAUGGGCGAGGGAAUGGGAAUGGGCACGAGAAUGGAAAUGGAAAUGGGUCGAGGAACGGGAAUGGGAAUCGCAAUGGGAAUGGGAAUGGGCUUGGCAAUGGAAAUUGGAAUAGGAAUGGGAAUGGGAAUAGGAAUGGGAAUGGGAAUACGAAUGGGAAUGGGCCAGGGCAUGGGAAUUGGAAUGCGAAUGCAAAUAGGAAUGGGAAUGGGAAUGGGAAUGGGUCGGGGAAUGGGAAUGGCAAUGCUAUUGGGAAUGGGAUUGGGAAUGGGGAUGGGAAUCAGAAUCGGAAUGGGCCAAGGAAUGGAAUGCGAAUGCAAAUGGGAAUGGGAUUGGGAAUGGGCCAGGAAUGGGAAUGGAAAUAGGAGUGGGCUGAGGAAUGGGAAUGGGAAUGGGAAUGCGAAGGCAAUGGGAAUGGCAAUGGCAAUUGGAAUGGAGAUGCGGAUGGGGAUGGGAAUCGGAAUGGGAAUUAAAAUGGGAAUGGGAGUGGUAAUGGGUCGGAGAAUGGGAAUUGGGGUUUGA